AUGGGCUUUCCUAACAUUAAAGCGUACUACCAUUCUGCCAUCCUCACGAAUGUAAUUAGGUGGUACAUGGUUCCAUCCUGGCUUCACACCAUAUUCCCAACCUCGCCGGACUUGUGCUGGCGAUGUCACACUACUAAAGGUACCAUGUUGCACAUGUGGUGGACUUGUGAGAGAGUGAAUUCCCUAUGGAAAGUCACAGCUACACUGAUUAAAAAAGUCACGGACCUCCAAAUCACGCAUGACCCCAAAACAAUACUACUCCGUUCAUUACCAGAUAACACCCCCAAGCCGAUCCAGAAAAUUAUAUACCUCAUGCUAAGCACAGUGUCCAUAUUAAUAGCCAGAAAGUGGAAGACAACUGAAUUGCCCUCGCCCCGAGAAAUUGAAAACGUGAUGACCUCAACGGAAGAAUAUGAACUGUUAAUGUGGAACCAGGCGAAAAUUGGGAAAAUCAGCCCCCACACUGCCACGAUGUGGCGGAACUACCUAAAACAAGCCAACACAGAACCAACUUAG